CUAGCUGGGCCAUCGCGGCAUGGGCCUUUUGUCAAUUCCACCUGCAAACCGCCGUCGCCGCCGCUCCACAUUGCCGCCGAUUCACCGCGCACCCCGCCGUCGCCGCCGCUCCACCGUCUCCCUACUCCCCCCACUUCUCUUCUUCCCACUGGAAUCGGUUCCCUCGGCGCUGUCCCGACCCCGGCCGGACACGCUCCUCCUCGAUGCCGCGCGGCCGUCGGCGACGGCUGAACUUGCGGAGCGCGUGGCCGCGUCAGCUGGACGACUCCACCUCCACCCCUCCCAGCGGAAGGGCGGCCGAGGACGCGAUCGCGGCGCCGCUCACUUGUCCGUCGAAUCCAAGUUUGUGCGGAAGGAGAUUGGCUACACCAAAUCAAGCCCUCAAACAAAGAGCGGACAUGAAGAAGCCUCAAGCAAGCAGUUCAACCUUGCUAGAAAUACGCACACACAAGAACAGAAUUGCCUUCUCUGAGCAGGCGAGAAAUUGGCGCAGCAGCCGGCUAGAAAACCUCUGCGCAUGCAAGCAACUGGCUACAAUUAGCAAGUGCAGUGAAGCAACGGAGCCAAAACCAUCGCCAUCUAUCCCUCCCGGUACCUCCAACCCCUGGCUAGCUAGCUCCAGAUAUCCAGAUAGAUAGAUAUCCCCAUCGUUUUCCCAACCACCAAACAUGGAUUGAGAAACAUACACACAGAGGACAAGGGCGGCAUGGAUAGAUAGAACUGAUAAUAGAAGACAGAGAAAGAUUGCAAGAACACAAGGUGUGGAUGGCAGUGGCGGAGCUGAGCUGAGCUGAGAACUGACCUUGGU